AUGCUAACGGGAGCACUCCGCACAGAACUCCUCAACAUCUCGACCGCAUUCUUCACACACGCCUACCCGGCCGUCCUCUCCUUCGACACCGCGGCCUUCUCCGCGGACAACAAACGCAACGCACAGAUCCUAAAAUACCGCGCCCAAAUCGCCCAAGGGCAGUCCUCGACCGUCAUUUCCUCGCUCAAACAAUCCCAGGACGCGGCCUCGCGCUCGAUCGUGGCACUCGCCCAGGACGCAGCGGGCAACGGACAGUCCGCUCUUGAGACGGCUCUCUCGCUAGCCGACUCGGAUGGCGAGGACAGCGUGGUACAGAUCUGCGCGGGGACCGUCCUGGCCGCCCACGCCGAGUACGCCAAGGCCGUCGACCUGCUCAGCAAGCAUCAGGGCUCGCUCGAGGCCGUGGCCCUGCUGGUGCAGAUCCACCUGUUCCAACAUCGCACGGAUCUCGCAGUCAAGGAAGUCGCGGCCGCGAAGCGCUGGGCGCAGGACUCGCUGCUGAUUAAUCUGGCGGAGAGCUGGACGAACCUGCGCGAGGGAGGGGCCGAGAAGUAUCAGUCGGCGUACUAUGUGUUUGAGGAGCUGGCGAGCGCUCCCGGAUCGGCUUCCACCACCGCGCUGGUCGGGCAGGCCGUGUCGGAGAUCCAUCUGGGUAGACUGGAGGAGGCCGAGGCGGCGCUACAACAGGCUAUGAGCAUCGAGAACGCAGAUACACAAGCUGUGGCUAACAGUGUCGUGCUCGCCAGUGUGAUGGGGAAGAAAGAGGAUGUCUUGCAGGGGUUGUUGCAGCAAUUGAGGGAGAAGGAUGCGAGGCAUGCUUUGCUAAGGGACCUGGAAGAGAAGAGCCAGCUGUUUGAUGCGGCAAGUGCGAAAUAUGCUCCGAAGGUUGCGUCAUGA